CUCGGAGAAACCAGUUCCGCUUCCGAUCAACUAGAGAAGCCUGCGCCGUUUCCAGGUUUCCGAUCCGGUGCGAGGUUUAGGGAUUCACCCUGUGCUUUAAAAACUCUUUUUUGGGUCUUUCCUCGAACAUUAACCAUAGUCAAUGGCCUAAAACUUAAAAUUUUCUGUUUCCCCAUUGGCCUCUAUUACAUUGAAAACCCAGUUCCACCUAAUUUUUAAGAAUACACACACAUUUGACUUGUAAUCCAAGACGACUUCAAGACAAGAGAAUGAGGAUCUCAAACCUUCUAUUACAAUUCAAGCAUAAAAGGGCAAUUGGGUGUCAUCCUAAUCUGCAAUCCAAAGCAAAAUAUUACACUACAAGUUUCAUUUCUGAGGGAAUAAAUCAAAAUUGCUAUCAGAAUCUGAUUUUUUUUUAUUUUUUAUUUUUUAGCGAUUGAUGGGUUGUAGAUUUGUUUAAUUUCGAAAGCAAUUGUUGAUCUGGUUGGGAUAAACCCAGACAGAAGAUAACUUGAGACAAAAACUAAGACAGCGGGUUUUGAUUAGUUGGUUGUUAAGGUUGAUCCGCUGCGCGUUUCGUAGAAUUCACUUGAAGUCUUGAAAAUCUCCAAUAGGACCAAUACGGUGCGUAUAUAAUGAGGAAGUUCACCAGAUGCUGCUUCACAGGUGGAGCUUCAAGCACUCAUCGGAAGCAGAAUCGUCCUCAGCCCCAGAAGCUAUUUUGCUUGGCUCUUGUGAUCGGCUAGAAAUCCAGAGAAACCAUGGAGAACGCACAGAUGAACAAUGCCUACGACAAUUUUGAGAUUGUGAACCUAAGUAGCUUAAGUAGCAGCAUGGCUACAAAUAUUGUGACAAACCAUGACUUCUCUAGUGGGCUGCAUUCUUGGCACCCCAACGGCUGUGAUGGCUUUGUAGUUUCAGCUGACUCAGAAUGCCGCAAAGGGGUUUCAGAAAAGUCAGUUGGCAAUUAUGCAGUUGUUACAAAUCGUAAGGAAUGCUGGCAGGGAUUAGAACAAGAUAUCACAAGCAGAGUUUCGCCAGGUUUCACAUAUUCAGUAUCUGCCAGCGUUGGAGUAUCCGGGCCUCUACAGGGAUGUUCUGAUGUCCUGGCAACUUUGAAACUGGAAAACCGAGAUUCAGCAGCCAGCUAUUUUUUCAUUGGAAAAACUUCUGUGUCAAAGGAUAAGUGGGAGAAGUUGGAAGGAACGUUCUCAUUGUCAACUAUGCCUGAUCGAGUUGUUUUCUAUUUGGAAGGGCCUUCACCUGGAGUGGAUCUACUUAUAGAAUCUGUUGUGGUUAUCUCUUCCAGUCCUAGCGAGCUUGAGGGUACAAGCACAAAAUGUGUCUCUGCUGGAGAUGAUAACAUUAUUGUAAACCCUAAAUUUGAUGAUGGUCUAAAUAACUGGUCUGGUAGAGGGUGCAAGAUUGUUUUGCAUGAUUCCAUGGCAGAUGGGAAAGUUGUCCCCCAGUCUGGAAAGGUUUUUGCAGCUGCAACAGAACGUACACAGAGCUGGAAUGGAAUUCAACAGGAGAUCACAGGAAGAGUGCAGCGAAAGCUUGCCUAUGAGGUUUCUGCUGUAGUUCGAAUAUUUGGUAACAACAUUACGAGCGCUGAUGUGCGGACCACUUUGUGGGUUCAAACACCAGAUCUCCGUGAACAAUAUAUAGGCAUUGCAAAUCUGCAGGCAACAGACAAAGACUGGGUACAGUUGCAAGGAAAAUUCCUUCUGAAUGGUUCUCCUUCAAAAGUAGUUCUUUAUAUAGAAGGUCCACCAGCUGGCACUGAUAUUCUUGUCAAUAGUUUGGUUGUAAAGCACGCAGAGAAAAUCCCACCUUCCCCUCCACCAUCUAUUGAGAAUCCAGCUUUUGGAGUUAAUGUAAUCUCGAACAGCGAUCUAAGUGAUGGAACAAAUGGGUGGUUUCCACUUGGUAAUUGCACUUUGAGUGUUGGAACUGGUUCACCACAUAUACUUCCUCCAAUGGCAAGGGAUUCCCUCGGACCUCAUUCUCCUUUAAGUGGUCGCUGCGUCCUUGUGACCAAGCGCACACAGACAUGGAUGGGCCCUGCUCAGAUGAUCACAGACAAACUGAAACUCUUUUUGACAUACCAAGUAUCUGCUUGGGUUCGGAUUGGUUCCGGAGCAACUGGUCCUCAAAAUGUGAACGUUGCACUUGGGGUGGACAACCAGUGGGUCAACGGGGGACAAGCUGAGAUUAAUGAUGACCGAUGGCAUGAAAUUGGUGGAUCCUUUAGAAUUGAGAAGCAACCAUCCAAGGUCAUGGUCUAUGUCCAAGGUCCUUCUCCUGGUGUUGACUUGAUGGUUGCUGGACUUCAGAUUUUCCCAGUCAACCGAGAGGCAAGAUUUAGACAUUUGAGGAACGAGACUGACAAGAUUCGUAAGCGUGAUGUAAUCCUGAAAUUCUCAGGAGGGGAUUCCAGCAGUUUACUUGGCACCUUUGUGAAAGUUAAACAAACACAAAACAGCUUUCCGUUCGGAACAUGCAUAAGCAGAACAAACAUAGAUAAUGAAGAUUUUGUUGAUUUCCUUGUUAAGAAUUUUAAUUGGGCUGUGUUUGGUAAUGAGUUGAAGUGGUAUUGGACCGAGCCACAGCAGGGAAAGUUAAAUUACAAGGACGCUGAUGAGAUGUUGGACUUAUGUAAGCGCUACAAUAUAGAAACCCGGGGUCAUUGCAUUUUCUGGGAAGUACAGGGAACAGUCCAGUCAUGGAUUCAAGCACUGAACAAGAAUGACUUGACGACAGCAGUCCAAAAUCGUCUCACCGGCCUUCUCACACGCUACAAAGGGAAGUUCAGGCACUAUGAUGUGAACAAUGAAAUGCUACAUGGAUCAUUCUAUCAAGAUCAUUUAGGUAAAGAUAUCCGAGCAUAUAUGUUCAAGACUGCAAACCAACUAGAUCCAUCAGCCCUUCUAUUUGUGAAUGAUUAUCACAUUGAGGAUGGUUGUGACACGCGAUCAUCACCAGAGAAGUACAUCGAACAUGUUCUUGAUUUGCAGGAGCAAGGUGCACCAGUUGGAGGUGUCGGAAUUCAGGGACACAUAGAUAGUCCGGUUGGACCCAUAGUUAGCUCUUCUCUGGAUAAGUUGGGCAUUCUUGGUCUUCCAAUCUGGUUUACAGAGCUUGAUGUAUCUUCCAUCAAUGAAUAUGUUAGAGGGGAUGAUUUGGAAGUGAUGCUUCGAGAAGCUUUUGCGCAUCCUGCUGUGGAAGGCGUCAUGCUUUGGGGAUUCUGGGAAUUGUUCAUGAGCCGAGAAAGUUCGCAUCUGGUGAAUGCAGAAGGUGAAGUUAAUGAAGCCGGUAAACGAUACCUUCGCCUGAAACAAGAGUGGCAGACUAAAGCUCAUGGACAUGUUGAUGAAAAUGCAGAGUUCAGCUUUAGAGGUUUUCAUGGGACGUACAGUGUGGAAAUUGAUACUGUUUCAAAGAAGAUUUCAAAGACAUUUGUUGUUGAGAAGGGUGACUCGCCAUUGGUGGUGUCAAUAGCUUUAUAAUGAACUACUGUCUCUACUCUACUGCCUAACGCCCAACGUGAAGGUCUUGUUCUUCUGUGAGUUGUGAAUAAAAGGUCAUGCACAUGGGUUGUGAAUAAAACGUUCUAUUUCUCAUCAUGUUGUAAUAUUUAUUGAAGAAAUAAUGUGAUACUGGUGUUUGUGUAACAAGACUCAUCACUUUACAGUUCUAUUGCAUUAUUCAAAAUGCUAAGCAUUCCAGUA